CGGCAGGUGGAGCCGGGCCGUGGGUGGGCGCGGGGCCAGGUCCCCAGAACGCGUCCCGAGCCCCGGUGGGGGCGCGGCGCGAACUGGGCGGGCAGUCGGGAGGCGGCCCCCGGGACGGGACCGAGCGGGGGCGGGGACCGCGGCCGCCUGCGCGGUUCCGGGUGCUCCCGCCGCGCGCAGCCCGGGGCGCACUUGACCGGGGACGGGCUGCGGGGAAGGGCGGGUCUGGGGAGAACCCCCGAGCGCCGCGGCGUCCUCCAGCCCCUCCUCCUCGCGGCCGCCGGAGCCACAGCCUGAGCCCGAGCCGGAGCCGGCGCCACCUCGCCCCCCGGCUCGCGCGCCCUCAGCCAUGGCUUUCGCCAAUUUUCGUCGCAUCCUGCGCCUGUCUACCUUCGAGAAGAGAAAGUCCCGCGAAUAUGAGCACGUCCGCCGGGACGUGGACCCCAACGAAGUGUGGGAGAUCGUGGGCGAGCUGGGCGACGGCGCCUUCGGAAAGGUUUACAAGGCCAAGAACAAGGAGACGGGUGCCUUGGCUGCCGCCAAGGUAAUUGAGACCAAGAGUGAGGAGGAGCUUGAGGACUACACGGUGGAGAUCGACAUCCUCGCCACCUGCGACCACCCCUACAUCGUGAAGCUCCUGGGAGCCUACUACUAUGACGGGAAGCUGUGGAUCAUGAUCGAGUUCUGUCCUGGGGGAGCUGUGGAUGCCAUCAUGCUGGAGCUGGACAGAGGCCUCACCGAGCCCCAGAUUCAGGUGGUUUGCCGCCAGAUGCUGGAAGCCCUCAACUUUCUGCACAGCAAGAGGAUCAUCCACCGGGAUCUGAAAGCUGGCAAUGUGCUGAUGACCCUCGAGGGAGACAUCAGGCUGGCUGACUUUGGUGUGUCUGCCAAGAAUCUGAAAACUCUGCAGAAACGAGAUUCCUUCAUAGGAACGCCUUACUGGAUGGCCCCCGAGGUGGUGAUGUGUGAGACCAUGAAGGACACCCCGUAUGACUACAAAGCUGACAUCUGGUCCCUGGGCAUCACUCUGAUUGAGAUGGCCCAGAUCGAGCCCCCGCACCAUGAGCUCAACCCCAUGCGGGUCCUGCUCAAGAUUGCCAAGUCGGAUCCCCCCACUCUGCUCACGCCUUCUAAGUGGUCUGUGGAGUUCCGAGACUUCCUGAAGGUGGCCCUAGAUAAGAACCCAGAGACCCGGCCCAAUGCUGCGCAGCUUCUGGAGCAUCCCUUCGUCAGCAGUGUCACCAGUAACAAGGCUCUGCGGGAGCUGGUGGCUGAGGCCAAGGCCGAAGUGAUGGAGGAGAUCGAAGAUGGCCGCGAGGAGGGGGAAGAGGAGGACUCCGUUGAUGCCGCGUCUCCUCUGGGGAACCAUACUCGAGACUCUUCUGAGGUGAGUCAGCUGAGUAUCAAUACCGACAAGCUUCUCAAAGAAUCAUCUUUCACCUCACUGCCGCCCAGCCAGCCCCAGGACAACGUGAACGGGCCCAGCCAGCCCUCUGGGGACAGAUCCCCCCAAAGCGCCAGCCCCCCGGACGUGGCUCCUGGAGACGAGAAUGGCCUGGCAGUGCCAGCACCUCUCCGGAAGUCCCGGCCAGUGUCCAUGGAUGCCAGAAUUCAGGUUUCCGGGGAGAAGCAAGUCGCUGACCAGGGCGGGGACCUCAGUCCAGCAGCCAACAGGUCCCAAAAAGCCAGCCAGAGCCGUCCCAACAGCAGCGCCCUGGAGACCUUGGUUGCCGAGAAGCUGGCCAACGGCAGCCUGGAGCUCCCCACCCAGGCAGCUCCGGGCCCUUCCAAGAGGGACUCAGACUGUGGCAGCCUGUCCACCAACCAGAGCGUGGACUACAGCACCUCCCUCUCAGCCGACCUGUCCCUAAACAGAGAAACAGGCUCUCUGUCCAUCAAGGACUCAAGGCUGCACAACAAAACCCUCAAGAGGACACGCAAGUUUGUGGUGGAUGGCGUAGAGGUGAGCAUCACCACCUCCAAGAUCAUCAGCGAGGAUGAGAAGAAGGAUGAGGAGAUGCGAUUUCUCAGGCGCCAGGAGCUCCGAGAGCUUCGGCUGCUCCAGAAAGAAGAACACCGGAACCAGACCCAGCUGAGCAGCAAGCAUGAGCUGCAGCUAGAGCAGAUGCAUAAGCGUUUUGAACAAGAAAUCAACGCCAAGAAGAAGUUCUUUGACACGGAGCUGGAGAACCUGGAACGCCAGCAGAAGCAGCAGGUGGAGAAGAUGGAGCAAGACCAUGCCGUGCGCCGCCGGGAGGAGGCCAGGCGGAUCCGCCUGGAGCAGGAUCGGGACUAUGCCAAGUUCCAGGAGCAGCUCAAACUGAUGAAGAAGGAGGUGAAGAACGAGGUGGAGAGGCUUCCGAGGCAGCAGCGGAAGGAGAGCAUGAAGCAGAAAAUGGAGGAGCACGCACAAAAGAAGCAGCUUCUCGACCGGGACUUCCUGGCCAAGCAGAAGGAGGACCUGGAACUGGCGAUGAAGAAGAUCACUGCGGACAACAGGCGGGAGAUCUGUGACAAGGAGCGCGAGUGUCUCACCAGGAAGCAGGAACUCCUUCGAGACCGGGAGGCAGCCCUGUGGGAAAUGGAGGAGCAUCACCUACAGGAGAGGCACCAGCUGGUGAAGCAGCAGCUCAAAGACCAGUACUUCCUCCAGAGGCAUGAGCUGGUGCGCAAGCAUGAGAAGGAGCGGGAGCAGAUGCAACGCUACAACCAGCGCAUGGUGGAGCAGCUGAAGGUGCGGCAGCAGCAGGAGAAAGCACGGCUGCCCAAGAUUCAGAGGAGCGAGGGCAAGACACGCAUGGCCAUGUACAAGAAGAGCCUCCACAUCAAUGGUGCAGGCAGUGCCUCUGAGCAGCGCGAGAAGAUCAAGCAGUUCUCCCAGCAAGAGGAGAAAAGGCAGAAGUCGGAGCGGCUACAGCAGCAGCAAAAGCAUGAGAACCAGAUGCGGGACAUGGUGGCACAGUGUGACAGCAACAUGAGCGAGCUGCAGCAGCUGCAGAAUGAAAAGUGUCACCUCCUGGUAGAACAUGAAACCCAGAAGCUGAAGGCCCUAGAUGAGAGCCAUAAUCAGAACUUGAAGGAAUGGCGGGAUAAGCUUCGGCCACGCAAAAAGGCUCUGGAAGAAGAUCUGAACCAGAAGAAGCGAGAGCAGGAGAUGUUCUUCAAACUGAAUGAGGAGACAGAAUGCCUGAACCCUACCACCCCAAACAAGGCCACCAAGUUCUUCCCCUAUAGCUCUGUGGAUGCUUCUUAACAGCCACCUGGGGCUGUGGCUGGCAGGUUGGCGGGCCUCCAAGGCCCUCCCAUUCUCUGUGAACAAGUAACUCAGGACCCCCCCCCCCUUCCCUCUUGCUUCCAGGCCAACUCGCAUCUAGCCCCUUGCCUUGUGUUACCCCAGCUAUGCCCAACAGACCCCCCCCCCCCCAGUGUUCCUUAAUUCUCGCUCACUCAUGGAGGGCGAGGUUUUAUUAUGUGUUGCCUGAUCCUAAUGUAUGUCCCCUCUGAGCCCCACAUCCCUUCAAGGUGUCAGUGAUUUGGGCUGCUAGUGGGGUCACGGCCCGGAAGGAAUGGUGUUCUGCAGCCUUGAGACCCUCCUGCUUGCCAAAACUUCAGUUUUGCUAUGUGUGGGCACAAAGCGCUACCAUUAGUCACCAUGAGUUUGUCCAUAUUGUGAUUCUUGGUGUGGUGUCAGACAAGAACACGGCUCCUAACAGCCAUUUCAGUUUCUAGCAAAGCCCGUCCUGCUGCCAGCUGCUCAGGGGGUGCCCUCAUUCUUCCAGUAGCCCCCAAUUUGCUUCCCUCUUGAGACAAGGCUGUGUCUACAAUAGUGGGCUGGAGGAGAGCCUGAAUCAUUCAUUCUGCUGGCCUUGGGUGUUUCUUGCCAUCUUGUGUCCCUCUGCCUGCACACACAUACAUACACAAGGCUUGGCCCCGUGGCAUUACCCAGGCUUGCCUCUGCUCUGGGCCUCUUGUGCCAGGUGGGUUGAAACAUACUCAUUGCCUGAGCCUGUGCCACUGAGCAUGUUUAGGUGGAGCCAUUGGUUUGAAGGGUGCUGGGUACUGGCACAAGAUGGUAUAGGCUGAACUGCCGGUCUGUGAUUCCCUUUGGCGCCUACGCUGGAUGCUGUGUUCAGGGAUAAAUUCCUCACCACACAAGACUUUCACAGCCUAGGCUGUUCCCGUCUCAUCCUUGCCCAUCCUGUCUGCAGGCUGUUUCCCUCUGCCCCUCCUAGCAGGAGUCUGGCCUCAUACUUGAGACAGAGGCUGGUAGUCGCUGGGAUUUCUGUUCAGGAAGAAAAAACAUCAGGGAGAAAUGCAAUGCUUCCUGCCCCCAGCAACAGAGCAGAUGCAAAGCUGCUUCUUCUCAGAUGGAAUCCUGGGCCUUCGGGUUAUUCAGCUGGCCACCCACAGAUUCUGAUCCCACAGGCUGCAGGAUGUAGAUAAAAAGUAAUGCUCAAACAGGCAUUCAGUUUAUCUACAAAGAAAGCUUUUUUCACUUUGAUUUCUAACUUGAAACAAAUAUAAACAAAUGGCUUCUAUAGGACGAUAACCUGCUUUAAAUAAAACAGAAAACUGAAGGCGAGUUUGAGGAAUCAUGGAUGACGUAUUAAGUCUGGGUACUGUUUUGUCAUGAUGGAGUGGCUGACAUCCCAGGAGGACUUUUUCCUUCUUCACUCCUACACGUUAAGGUUUGACACUUUGUCCUACAGCAAUUCUCUGCAAGUUUCUUGGCACUGGUUGUAACUGGAUCUUGGGGAGGGAGGGUUGCCAUUCAGUAAGAAGGGACUUAGGGUUCCCAAGGCUUACAUAUGCAGUGAAGAUGCUCUGCGGGCUGUGGGAAGGCAGUGGUCCUAAGUUGGUGAACAUUUGAGCUUGCCUGCUUCAGUAUUUGACCCAGAUGCAGCAGUUUUCUGGUCUCACACAGAUGAGACCAGUGAAACAAUUGUCCUCUUUUAUUCUUUUUGGUACACAGGUGCCGGGAAAAUGUGACCUAGCAGCAGUGUAAUUACAGAACACUGUCCGGGUUCCACCAGCCAAGGCUGGCCCUGGCAAAUGGUCAGGCAGGGCUGGUUUGGGUUGUGUUUACACUAUUGCCUGGGGUGUGAGAAGGGGCAUUUACACGAAAUGACGGUUUCGUGGUUCAGACGAAAGUCUUUGAUCAUUCCCCUAUUUGGCUUUUCAUUCACAUUUGAAUCUUGUUCAAGAGUUGCUGCUUUCCUGUUCAGUGCUGCCCAAGUCCUGAUGGCUCCCCUCUCCUUUCUGGAUGGGGGCCGGUUGGGUCCUCCAGCCUCAUGACUGAGCCAACACGCAUGCCCACCAGUGAGAAGGCCCACGCAGUAUUCCGCAUGCCCCGUGCUAAUGUUUCCUCGGGAAGGGACAGAUGGAACUGUUUCUUGUUUUCAGUCCGUUUUUGGCAGAGUAAAUAUAACUAACUUAUAUUUUCCCUUUAUAAAGGAUAGAAGUUAUUUUUAUGUAGUUUCAAAACUUUAUACAAAACUUUUGUAAAAUGUUCUCUACAAAGUUUAACUGCAAGAAUGUAAAUAUGCUUCUAAUAAAAUAGCAAAAGGAGAGAAA